AUGUGUGCUCUCAUCGUCCUCAUCAACACCAUCACCUUUUAUUAUUUACGUAGCCAAAUGAAGGUUUUACAAAAGACAGGAGGAAGGCGUGUAGCUCAGCGAAUUUCACAGAUGAAGAAAAACACUCAUUUUUAUAUACAGGGAUGUAUCAGUGCAGCUGUAGUAAUAAUAGCUACUAUUCUAUUCCGCAUCGUUCCUCUAUUUAAUUUCAAGAAAUUUGGACUUGCCAUCAUAACCGGUGUGAAUUGGGAACUGAUAGCAAUAAGCAACGGUUUAAUAUUACUACUGUUCAACAAAUCACUUCGCAAUGUUAAACGAAAUGAACAUGUCGUGAUCAGCGUGACCAACCAUUAA